AUGACUGAAAUCCUUCUGACCCUGGAGCAGCCGCAGGGGGAUUCCAUGAUGACCUGCGAGCAGGCACAGUUUCUAGCCAACCUGGCGCGGCUCAUCAAGGCCGAGAAGGCGUUGGACCUGGGCACUUUCACGGGCUAUUCGGCCCUGGCGCUGGCCCUGGCGCUACCCCCGGCCGGGCGCGUGGUGACCUGCGAGGUGGACGCGGGGCCCCCGGAGCUGGGGCGGCCCCUGUGGAGGCAGGCCGAGGAGGAACAGAAGAUAGACCUCAGGCUGAAGCCCGCUCUGGAGACCCUCGACGAACUCCUGGCUGCGGGUGAGGCCGGCACCUUCGACACGGCCGUGGUGGAUGCCGACAAGGAGAACUGCGCUGCCUACUACGAGCGGUGCCUGCAACUGCUGCGACCUGGAGGAGUUCUCGCCAUUCUCAGUGUUCUGUGGCACGGAAAGGUGUUGUGGCCUCAGCAAGGGGACGUGGCUGCCCAGUGCGUGCGACACCUGAACGAGCGCAUCCUGCGGGACGCCAGGGUCCACAUCAGCCUCCUGCCCCUGGGCGACGGCCUCACCUUGGCCUUCAAGAUCUAGGGUU